AAAAAAAGUGUUACCAUCGAGUGUAUUGCCAUUGUGUGAGCCCGGCGCGAUUAAUCGAUCUCUCACCAUUUUGACAUUUUGCUUGGAAGUGUGCUUUUCGGAUUCUCUAGCUAGAAACGUUAAAUAGAAGUAACAACAAAAUGCCCUGCCCACUUGCUGAAACCUUUCAAGCUCAAUCAAUUUGGACAAGCAAAGCUCAAUACGCUGACGCUGAACGAAAAUUCCAUACCAAGCUGCAAAAUGAUAAAAAUAGAACUACACAAAAACUAAUCUCAGAAAAUGCAAAGAAAUACAAUAAAAGAGGCAAAAAAUCAACUGUCGCUUCAAAACUAUCCGAUUCAAUUGAACAGCAAAUUGAAAAGCAAAAUGCGACGACUACAAAUGAGGAAAAUCCUAUUGAUGAGUCAAAGCAUAAUGCAAAGGCAAAAACACAAAAAGCUAAAAAGGACAAAAAGUCUGCAAAGAAGCAGCAAGAAGACAGUAAUAAAAGCAAUGUGUCAUCAAUAUCAGAUGAUAAAUCGAGACUCUCUGGAAAACUAGACCAGCCCAAACCAAAGUCGGAAAUUGUAAAAGCAACUAAAGAAAAAUUCAGUUCAAAACAUGAUCUCAGCAAAGAUGUCCAAUGCAAUGAGAGCUUUAAGGUACACGUUUCUGGUGGCGUUUCCGAAGAAUGUACACUUGUUUCCGAAAUCGCAAAAGCGCGUCAACAUCUAAAGAAUUCUUUAGAACGCAUGGAUGACAUCGCCGCAUUAGCAGGAAAAGAUGUUCUUGACCGUAUUUCAGCUUUGGAACGGGAAAAUGCAUCUCUUUAUCAAGUAGUGAAUGAAUUGAAAAAAUUACAAUUGCAAUCUGAAAACCGCAUCAAAUCUUUGGAGCAAAGUUUGGCUGGCGUUAGUAUUGGUGAUGCUCCAAAGCCAGCAGUAGCCGCUGCCACCGUACCCAAUGAAGAUGAUGUUGAUCUCUUUGAUUCAGAUUCAGAAGAAGAAGACGAUGCCAUUGCAAAGAUUCGUGAACAACGUUUGGCUGAAUAUGCUGCCAAGAAAUCAAAAAAACCAGCAUUGAUAGCUAAAUCGAAUGUCAUUUUAGAUGUCAAGCCAUGGGACGAUGAAACCGACAUGAAAUUGAUGGAACAAUGCGUUCGCAAAAUUGAAUGUGAUGGUCUACUUUGGGGAACAGCACGUUUGGUUCCAUUGGCAUUUGGAAUUCAUAAAUUGACUAUUUCAUGUGUUGUAGAAGACGAAAAGGUUUCCAUCGAUUGGCUCACAGAAGAGAUUGAAAAGAACGACGAAUACGUACAAAGUGUUGAUGUUGCUGCUUUUAACAAAAUUUAAUUGAUUUGAGCUACACUUUUUCAAAACAAUUUUCCAAAUUCAAAACAAUUAUUAUGAGCUGAGAUUUCAAAAAUAGUUUGCGUUUAUAAAACUCUCAAAAUCAUAUAAAAUUGUUAUGGUAUACCACAUUAAAAGUGUAACAAUAAAGAAAAAUUUCGUUUUAUAUGGUA